AUGGCUGCUGAUGGAAGUAGCAAGUAUUCGAACAGAUUAAAGGAUGAAAAAAGUCCUUAUCUAUUGCAACAUGCGGAUAAUCCUGUCGAUUGGUAUCCGUGGGGAGAGGAGGCAUUCGAGAAAGCCAAGAGAGAUAAUAUGCCUAUAUUUCUAAGUGCACACGAAUCAUUUGAAAAUGAGAAAAUAGCCAAGACGAUGAACGAGAACUUUGUAAACAUAAAAGUUGAUAGAGAAGUUCAUCCUGAUGUCGACCAAAUGUAUAUGACAUUUGUACAAGCAACAGCGGGUAGUGGAGGAUGGCCCAUGUCCGUCUUUCUUACACCUGAACUAUACCCUAUUUUUGGAGGAACAUAUUUUCCGCCAGAAGACAAAGACGAAAGGCCAGGAUUUCACAGUCUACUGCGUCGCAUAGCGCAACUGUGGCGAGAACAACCGAGCGCAUUGAGGCGUUCGGGGGAGAAUGUCAUCUCACAACUACGCGACUCCAUAUCUACGAUGGAAAGUGGAAGUACAAGUAGUCUGAACAUGCAGGCAGCCCACAAGUGUUAUGAAUACUUUGCACAAACAUUUGACACUGUUGAGGGAGGAUUCGGCGGUGCACCCAAGUUUCCGACUCCAGUACAAUUUCAUUUCCUCCUUCGCUAUGCAUACUAUGUGCAACAAAGUCUUACACGUGUACAAACGUCAUACGACGACAUGACAGUAUCGGAGAUACGCAAUCGUGGCGAACAGCUGGGAGUUGAUUUUAAAGGAUGCAUAGAAAAAAGUGAAUUCGUGGAUAAAUUAGAGUCGAUUGUACAGAAAAAAAGGGAAGAUGCCAACAAAGCUAUUGAUAUGGUCAAGUUCACUUUAAAGAAAAUAGCGCGAGGUGGGAUACACGACAGAUACUGGCACGUUCCGCAUUUUGAAAAGAUGCUUUAUGACCAAGCCCAACUGCUUAUGAGUUACAGCGAUGCCUACUUAAUCACCAAAGAAGAUUAUUUCGCUGACAUCGCCAGAGAUAUUGUCAAGUAUGUGGAACGAGAUCUACGAGAUGCCGAGAAUGGUGGAUUCUACUCUGCAGAAGAUGCUGAUUCAUAUUCACAUGAUGGGGCUCCACAUAAACUGGAGGGUGCAUUUGCAGUAUGGGAAGAAUCAGAAAUUUAUAAUAUUCUUGGCCGAGAACACGCCCAAGUGUUUCGUUAUUAUUUUGGUGUGGAACCUUCAGGAAAUGUAGAUCCAGCUAGCGAUAUUCAAGGUGAACUAACCGAUAAGAAUGUUUUAAUCGAGAAACAUACGGUUGAAGAAACGGCCGAGAACUUUAACUUGACACCUGAGGAAGUCAACAAAAUACUAUCUAUAUACAAAGAGAAACUGUUCAAAUAUCGAGUAGAGAAUAGGCCUAAACCACAUCGAGAUGACAAAGUACUGACUGCCUGGAAUGGCCUGAUGAUUUCAGGAUUAUCGAGAGCAUAUGAUGCGAUUAGAGAUAAAAGAUAUCUUGAUCUCGCCGAGUCAGCCGUAGCUUUCUUGCAGGAAAAUAUGUACGACAAAGAGAGGAAAGUCUUGUUGAGAAGCUAUCGGGAAGGCCCAGGGAGUGUUAACGGAUUUGCGGAUGAUUAUAGUUUCUUGAUUCAAGGGUUAUUGGAUCUAUAUGAAUCUACUUUUAAUGAGGACUAUCUCUCCUGGGCGGUUGAGCUGCAAGAUAAGCAGGAUGAAUUGUUCUAUGACAAUGAAGGGAAGGGUGGAUAUUUCAAUGUUCCUUCGGGAGAAAAGAACGUCCUGUUGAGGAUGAAAAAUGAACACGAUGGGGCAGAACCAUCACCAAAUUCGGUUACCGUAUCCAACCUAAUCCGAUUGGCCAAUCUUGUGAUGAAUUCAGAUUACAAUGAGAAGGCGGAGAAUACCUUGAGGUCAUUCACCAAGUUACUAGAGAAAUAUCCUUACUCCAUUCCAACAAUGGUGGCUGCAUUAAUGAUGAAUUUGAAAGGAACGAAGCAAAUGGUUCUUGUCGGUCCAUUGCAGGAUGCAUCAAUCAAACAAUUCGAUCAAAAGGUUAAAUCCCACUUCAUUCCCAAUCGUGUAAUAAUGCAUGCCACACCCGAAUCCGAACUCUUAUCUACGCGUAAUGACGUAGUAGGCAGUAUUCUCCAAUCUGCUGCCAAGAAUGAACCCGCGCCUGCAAUACACAUCUGUGAAAAUUUCACUUGUGGUAUGCCUAUCACCAGUGUUGAUGGGCUAGCAAAGAAACUGGAGCAAUAG